AUGGCCUACGGAAAGACCGAGGACAUCGUCAACAGCAUCGUCAACUACAACGACAUCCUUGCCUUCCAGAACUUCAUGCAGGGCGGUACCGGCGUGCACGGCGUCGGCCACUUCACCGUCUCCGGCGACCCCGGUGGUGAUUUCUACAUCUCCCCCAACGAGCCUUCCUUCUGGCUCCACCACGCCAUGAUUGACCGCAUCUGGACCAUCUGGCACAUGAUGGGAGGUGGCAGGGCCCAGUCCCUCGAUGACCUCGUCGACCUCGGCGUCAUUGCCGACACUGUCUACCCCAUCCGCGACAUCCUCAGCUCUGUUGACGGCCCCGGCCCCUUCUGCUACGUGUACGAGUAG